AUGUUUUCUCCUUCCGAACAUCCCGUUCCAGAAAUUGGCGGUCACAAAUCUGUCCGUUCUGUUCCGGAUGAAUACGCCGGACAACGACGAGCCGACAACUCUGCCGAGGUUUCCUCCCUCGCAGCUUUCUGGCCUAGAAAGCCUCCUCCGGCCCUGAGAGCGGAUGCUGAACACCCUAUGGUCCAGGCUUUAUCUGCUUCCACACGUCGCCUCUGUGCUAAUAAUCCUCCUGCACUUAACGCCGGUGGCUCGUCCCCUCCGUAUGCCUUCUCCGUCAGUACCACUGAUGAUUUAAAGACUUGGACUGAAGCUGCCUCCUACUGCAAACGGACGUACACGGACCUGGCCAACAUUGAAAACACUGAAGACAUGAACCAACUGAAGAACACAGUUUCAUCUUCCGGCCACAGCUCUGAGGUGUGGAUUGGUCUGUACAGUGCGGUCGCCUGGAGGUGGUCUGAUGGCUACAGAGGGACGGGGUCUGAAUACAGGAACUGGACAACUAUUAACAAUGAACCAAACUUUAGUUCAGGUGAUGAGUUCUGUGUGGUCACUUUUGCUGAUGGAAGCUGGACCGAUCAUUAUUGCUAUUAUAAACAUCCAUUUUUGUGUUACAGAGGAAUGAAUUGGUCCGGUGCUCAGAGGUUCUGCAGGGAGAACUACACAGACCUGGCCACUGUGAGGAACCACACUGAGAACCAGGAGAUCUACAGAGACUAUACAUGGAUUGGCCUAUUUAGAGAUCCCCAUUUGAAUUGGUCUGAUGGUACCAACUACAAAUUCAGCUACUGGGAUCCCGGUUCCAACCCACUGGGCUCAUUGUCACAUGUUUGUGCUGUUGCAGCUUUGCAGAGAUCAGGAAGAUGGAGGGCAGUGUCCUGUGAAAGGAGAUUACCGUUUGUCUGCUACAGCAUCCCACCUGCAGUGAAGAGGCAGGUAGUACGGCUGAGGAUGAAGCCGGAGGACUCCUCUCUGGAUCUCAAUGACCCCGCUGUGAAAGCAGACAUCCUGAAGAAGCUCCAGGACCGACUGGAGACGAAGGUAGCGGGAGUCACCCUGAAGUGGAGAGAGCAGCCUGACGGGAAAGUCUUCUACAAGGAAGAGAAACGUUAUCAGAAGAAACAAAGAAAGAAGACGGAGCUCUGA